UUCAUUGCUGUCAAAGUGCGUGAAUAACUCGUGCUAAUAUUUUUAUAUUAAUACGAUCAAAAGUGGACGAUUAUGUAGUUAUUAUUGCACUUAUAAAUAAAACUCAACAUGGCGGAUGAAACAAUUGAUGAGCAAUAUAGCAUUAAAAAUCUUUUAUUUUACCGAGCUACCCCACAUUACGCGAUACCUGUACCAACAAGCGGCUAUAAAACUUUUGCGUGCAAUGACUGUGGUGAUAGAUUUGUCUUUGAAUCAAGUUAUGAACAACACGUAUCGCGCAAAUCAGUCAAAAUAACAUAUACUUGUCGUCAAUGCAACAACGUGAUGAUUUUUUUCAACAGAUGUAAUUUACUCGCACACAUAAGAUCACACACAUUCAAGACUGCAACAAUUAAUGUUAGUGAUUUGAUAUUAGAGCCUCUACCCCAAAUUUAUUUUCGGAUUGAUUCUACCAAUGUUUCGAAUCAGGGUAAUUCUCAACAACCUUCACAAUCUGAUAAAGCAAAGAAAAAAAUCAACCAUUCGUGUUUUGAAUGCAAAACUGAUAUUACUGUCACAGGAGUAAUGUAUAAAGACAGAGGGAAACAUUAUAUGCAGUUCACAAAUGAAGUUUAUACGUGUCCUGUAUGUUUAUUUGCAAUGCCUACAAUAUGUGGUUUAAAAGCACAUCUUCGUAUACACUUGAAAUCGCCACCAUAUUAUUGUCCCGAAUGUGGUAUCAGUUUAUCAAAUAAAGCCAUACACUAUCCAUAUAAUCAUGACUGCGAUGGUUUCAAAAUGAUGAGAGCUACUGCUAGAUACAAAUGUCUCAUAGCGGGUUGUAAUUUAUUUCAUCCCAACGCUUUCAAAGAGCACAUGAAAAAAGACCAUCUUAAAAAAGUAUACAAGUGUCAGUUUUGUGUUGUAGCGUGCUUUAAUGAGCAGACUAUACGUAAACAUUUAAAAACACAUGCUUUGGAAUGUAAAGCCUUAAUAUUCUAUCAAUGUGAAAUGUGUCCUGGUAGACUAGUGCUGCACAAUCAAAUGGAUAAUCACUUGAAGACUCACGUCAAUACCACUAUAUACCCAUGUUGGGGAUGCGGCGAUAAGUUUAAAGAUGUCUCGCAUUUGCUCCAGCACCAUCUGAAUAAUCAUAAUCCAACUGGAAAAGUUAGAAAUGUAUAUUUGUCUUUUGUCCACCAUAAAACCGGAGAUAAAGCAGAACAAAACAAAAUAUUCCGCGUGGUAAAAAAAUGUUCAAGAUGUCAAAGAAGUUUCACAUACAAAUGUAAAUAUAAAGAAAUACCAGUUCUUUCAAACGAAUGUCCAUACAAAUGUUCUUUAGGGAUCACAAAUUCCGAAAGUAUUGCUAAGCUAAAUGAAAACAUAGGAACUGAGAUAAAGUGUCAUAUGUGUGAAAAUAAAAUUUCUGAAAAUUGGGCAGAGAUAAAAAAACAUUAUGCCUUUAAUCACAAAGAACACAAAUGUGUCGACAUUAAAAUAGUUUUGGAGCGCACUGAUGUAGAAAAACUAUUUAAAAAGAAGAAGCAAAUUAAAGAACACCCAAUGAAAAAGAAGCGACCUAAAAGAACAAAGAUAAUGAUAAUCACAAACAAUAAAAUCUCUAACGACACACCGUCAAAUACUACUGUCGAUAUAAUUGUAUCCAAGGAUAAUACUGUUUACUCCUGCAGUAAGUGUGAUUAUAUAUCUAAAACUAAAGCAUUGUUUGAAACUCAUAUGGUGAGUCAUAGAGACCCAUGUAUGGCAUAUCAGUGUAUGGAGUGUGGACAAAGUUUUGUCGUGAAACCAUCGUUUUCCACUCACUUGCUAGUAGAACAUGGCAUUGCUAAUGCAGAUGAAUACAUAACACAUAAACAAUGCUAUAACGAAAAUGCAUUAAUCAAAUAUCAAGACAAUACUGAUCUCGUGAAACCAUUAAAUGAUAAUCAAUGUAGAAUUUGCAGAGAUCAGUUUGAUAAUCUUGAUGACUUAGAAAAACACUUUAGAGUGCAUGGCAUGGCAUUUCUUUUGAAAAAUACUACUAAAAAUAAUACCAAUAUCUAACGUUACAGAUAACCUCAUGUUAAUAUACUUCCUAUUAUUAAAAUUGUUGUUAUAUACAAAGAACAAAUAAAGAUAGAAAUAGUAACCGAAUGCCAUAACUGCGUUAAACUCGUACCUCGAUCUGCGUGUUAGUUCGCGCGGGUUACUCAUAUUCUGUACUGCAUUUGAGCAAAGUCACAUUAAUUUAAUUAAAACA